GGACGAAUUUUUUAUUUAAUUUUCCCAGCCUUGUUCCCAUUGGUUAGUAUUAGUUUAUUAAUAUAUUGUCUUCCUCUUUCUCUCUCUCUCUCUUAUAAUUUGCGUGUGUUGUGGGUUAAUUAUAUCAGUGUAUGUUCUAAAGUCUUGGCGCAGCUUUAAGUUUCCACAGCAAUGAAGAAAGUUGUCUUGAAAUUGGAUUUACACGAUGACAAAGCAAAGAAAAAAGCCUUGAAAGUAGUUUCUGGUCUAUCAGGUAUUGAUUCUAUCUCGAUGGACAUGAAGGAUAAGAAAUUAACAGUGACCGGCGAUGUUGACCCAGUUAACGUGGUGAGCAAGUUAAGAAAACAAUGGCACACAGAGAUUUUAACAAUAGGACCAGCGAAAGAAGAGAAGAAAGAGGGAGAGAAGAAAGGCGGAGGCGGCGGCGGCGGCGGCGGCAAGAAGGAAGAUGAUAAAAAGAAAGAAAGUGAUCAGAUUGCUGAGCUUGUUAAGGCCUACAAGGCCUAUAAUCCUCACAUGACUACAUAUUACCGGGUCGUGAGUGCAGAAGAGAAUCCGAAUUCUUGUGUUAUCUGCUAAAUUUGAGACUCUUGAAAGACAUAACACAAGGAUUUGGAACAUUUCCAUGCAUCAGUGAAUGAACUUUGAAGAUUUCAAAGCCCCCAUUGGAGACAAACCCAGAAAAGAAUUUCUCAAUCCUAUGAAUAUAAAUAGUUUAAUAAUACAAGGAUUGAUAUUUUGCUGUUGUUCUGUAAAGGACAUGCUGUAAAAAAGUAUAGAAAAAAUGAAUAAAUUUAGGACAUACAAUGCUACAAAUGUAUUUUGCUUGAUUUUCCAAUUGUAACUACAGCUUGUUUUUUUGGUAAUGUUUAGGGUUUAGGGCCAUUUGAUUAAUCCAGGAUUGCUAACCAAUUAGUGAAUACCAGUAAUGAUUUGGUGAUAAAAAAUACCAACACUGAAUCCCACAGAAUUUCUGAUGGAUUAAAGAAUUACAUAGCCUUUGAUAAUAUGUUGGAAGCCUUGACUGGAUUCUGGAGGGUGAAGGUUGAUCGGAUGAUGAAUAAAUGAUGCAGAGAUGUAUUUUUCUAUUAGGAAGAAUCGAUCUUUUCAGUUGGGCAUACAUCAACUAAUCCACUAACUAAUACACCAAGAACAGGUAUUUGUAAUUUAAAUUAAAGACUGUGGGCCAGUUAUCAGCAUGCUUACAAACAAUUUGACUCCAAAUGAGAACGAGAGAGCACAUUGGUUGAAGAUCAUUGUCCGUGUGUAACUGUGAGAGUAAAUUAUUUUUCAUUUGCAGACCCUACACGCUGUUGGAAACGCUUGUUUGAUGACUUCAGAAAGUCGGGAUGGACGUUUCAAUUUUCAAAGCUGAUGCCUUCUGCGAAGUCUCCAGAAGUAGAAAACAUAAAAAAAAAACAAAAAGGAAAAGUCUCCGGAAGUAGAAAUUGCUUCCUCCCUUGGGUUCAAUCUCUUCAGGACCGACUCUCCUGGGGUCAACCUAAGCCCAACUUUGGGCAUUUGGGUUUCUUUGUUGCCUUUAAAUAACAAUGUAAUCAUGAGCCCAAGUUGGAAGAAGACAGAAGGUGUCAGCAGCUUAGUCCCCACAGAAAGAGAAUAAAAAAUCAGA